AUGAGUUUUCGAGAGGGUGAUUUGUUCGAGGACUCGUUUCUUGGAGAUUUUGGUAACGAAAGCAACACGAACGACCUCGGCGACCGUGACGACGACGAUGACUUCCUGGAUGUUUACAAUUUGACGCCCAGACAAAGGCUGGGCCACAGUCUACAGAAAAUGUCCCGCAAGCUGGUGCAACAGUACAACGGAUUGCCGUGGUGGCAGAGGUACCUGGCGUACUUCGCGGGCACUUGCCUGUUGAUUGCAGGGAUUACGCUCUUAGUAUUCCACGACCGGAUUCUCCACAGGAUUGUGGAGACCUCGAAUGAACUGAAAGAUGAAAAACGCACCUCCUUUGUUCUUGUUGCGCUGAUCUUCGUGGUAGCGUUUCCACCAUUGAUUGGCUUUUCCUUGUUGGGCACUAUAACGGGGCUGAUCUAUGAAAUGUCGUUUCAAGGCUGGUUGAUACUGGCGGUCGGUGCAGUCGCCGGUUCAAUUGCAUCUUUUGCUACUUUCAAGACAGUAUUACACUCCCGAGCUGAAUCAUUGGUGCAUUCAAAUCGAAGAUUUGAGGCUUUCUCUUCGCUGUUGAGGGAGAACAACAGUUUUUGGAUAUUGGCGCUGUUGAGGUUAUGUCCAUUUCCUUAUUCAUUAACGAACGGUGCAAUGGCCGCUAUUUAUGGCCUAUCUAUUAAGAAUUUUGCCAUUGCUCAAUUCAUCGUCACGCCAAAAUUGCUCAUUUACCUGUUCAUUGGUUCAAGAAUCAAAAAUAUUGGCGAAACAAAGUCGGCAAGUUCGAAGAUUCUAAACUUGCUAAGUAUUCUUGCUACGAUGGCAAUUCUAACAAUAACAGCAUGGAUCCUAUAUUUCAAAACACAAAGGAAAUAUGCAGAACUGCAAAGACGUGAUCAACAGUUAAAUGCAGACUCAAACCAGAAUGCUGCUUUUGAUGCAUCUUUUGAUAUCUAG